UCUAAUGUCCUGCAUUCUCAUAGCGGUGGGAAUGGUGUCAUCAGUGACAAUAGCACUUGUGUGGUGUCAGCUUCCCCCGUGUUAACUGGCCCGACUUUUGGUCGAUCAGCUGUCGGCCACGAGCGGCGGUGCUAUCCAACUGAUCGCGAAGCUUUUGCUGAUGAAGCUGGUGAGAAGGAGGUCGUCGCCGAAAUGAUUGGUGUCGUCAAUGGCGGUUCUAACGGUGAUCAGGACGGCCUCCUGUCAGAAUUCAGCCUUGAAGGGUUCACAGUGACACAUUCUGACGUAAACCCCAGUCGGCCGUCAUCUUCCUUGUCCUCUUUAUCUUCUUCAUAUUAUCCCAACAUUGGAAUCGCCCUAACUACUGCAAGUACUCGUAGCCUGACAACUGAACUAGGAAUAGACGAACGUCUGAGUAUUUCAGGCCAAACUUCGUCGUUGACCAGGUAUUUCUCACUUGCAAUUCACCUAAACAGUACUGUCUUAUUAACUCACUCUUGA